AAAAUAUCUCUCUUUCUCUGAAGUCAGACAAACCCAUUUUCAGUUCGCAGGCGGCGAGGAGAACUGAAACCCAAAGAUAUCAAAAAAUGGCGACCAAAAACGCGAAGAAGGCCAAUCUCCUGGAUCACCACUCCCUCAAACACCUACUCGACGAAUCCGUCUCUGAGAUUGUGACGAGUCGCGGGUAUGUUGAAGACGUGAGGUUGAGUAAUGUCAAAUUGAUUAUGGGCACUGUCAUCAUAAUCAUAGCUUUGGUCGCUCAGUUUUACAAAAAAAAAUUCCCUGAGAAUCGCGAUUUCUUGAUCGGCUGCAUUAUAUUGUAUGUAGUAUUUAACGGGAUCUUGCAGUUUAUCGUCUACACCAAGGAGAAGAACGCAAUUUUGUUCACCUAUCCUCCUGCGGGAUCCUUCACCAGCACAGGAUUGGUAGUCUCUUCAAAAUUGCCCAGAUUCUCUGAUCUGUAUACACUGAGCAUAUCUAGUUCAGACCCCGAAUCAAUCUCCGCUAAUAACCCUGUGGAAUUUACCAAGAGUGUCACCCGGUGGUUCACUAAGGAUGGAGUUUUGGUUGAGGGUCUCUUCUGGAAAGAUGUUGAAGCACUGAUCGAUGAUUAUGCAAAAGAACCGAAGAAGAGCAAGUGAUUUCUUACACAAACCUCGUAUUAUAGGGGAUCUUAUGUUCGAGGAAAGUAACUGCUUUCAAUUUUUAUUGUGCUUUAUAGAUCCCCAGAAGAUAUUACUUAUCGUUUCCUUGAUUAAUAGACUUUAGAAGCUAAAACAGGAUGAUCCCACAUUUCUCUAAUCUCUUUAAUGCAUUAAUAGGAAUACUUUCUGAAAGUCUUUUCCCAUA